UUCCCCACUUCUCGCGCCACCGCCAAACUUCUUGGAACACUUGUCACCCGACCCACAAAACCAGUCCACACCUCUCUAACCUCUGUUCUAAAACUCACACAAAACACCAAUUCAUACCUUUCACUCCAAAAUCAAUUAGUCUCAAACAAACAAAGAUCAAAAAAGCUUUCAAUCAAUCAAUGGCGAAUUCAAGUGAUGAAUUUCGAUUGGCAUCACCGGGCAUAGACCACCAGGGUAGGCUACCGAGAAAGUACACUGGCGAUGGACAAGGUGCUAAGAAGAACAUAUCGCCGCCUCUGGAAUGGUACAACGUGCCGGAGGGGACGAAGACUCUGGCACUGGUGGUACAGGACAUUGAUGCGCCUGACCCGGAUGGCCCGAUCGUGCCGUGGACCCAUUGGGUAGUUGCCAACAUUCCUCCGACUUUGAAGGGUCUGCCGGAGGGGUUUUCAGGGAAGGAUGAGGUGGGUGGUGAUGGUGAGUAUGGUGGGAUCAAAGAAGGGAACAACGACUGGAAAGUGCCUGGGUGGUGUGGGCCGAAGCUGCCGUCGCCGGGUCAUCGGUUCGAGUUCAAGGUCUAUGCUUUAGACGAUGAAUUGCAUCUCGGGAACAAGGUGACGAAGGAUAAGCUAUUGGAUGCAAUUGAGGGGCAUGUGCUUGGGGAGGGAGUUUUGAUUGCCUAUUUCUGAUUUAGAACCUUGCUUCCGACUCCCAGUGAGGGUCCGACCCCAGUGACAUGGCAGCAUGCCAUUUGCUGAA